AAGGUCGCAAGCUUGUAGGGACAGCGCUCGCUGUAGGAGCGAAACCAAGGGAAAUACAUCCAGUUGAAGUAGGGAUACGUGUUUUAUACCACAUUAACAAGACAUUAGACCUUAUUUGGGAGUAAAAUUAUCCUAUAUAGCCAGUGGUACAAGACCCCGCGGCGCUGUCACAAUCUCUGUUUACUAGUUCCCAGCCCCUCGCUUUCCGGGGGAGUAGUCAAAACCAACAUGGCCGACGACCGAAGGCAAGCCUUGUGUGCAUUCCACAGCGGCCAUGCACGUUGUCUUUAUUAGACCCCUCCAUCAACGCGCAGUAUGCAGAAACCACCCCCUCCGGUCCCUUCGCACCCCAAGGCCAAGCAGAAAGUGGUUUUCUGUGGAUGGCUUAGAAAAGAAGGAGGAAGUUUUAAGACUUUAAGAUCACGAUGGUUUGAAAUAAAAGGCGAUCAGCUCUAUUAUUACAAAGACAAAUCAGAUCCACGACCUGCUGGUGUGGUCCCACUUGCUGGAAAUGAGGUCAUCCGACAUUCUCCAGACCCUAUGGAUCCUGGAAAUUACAAGUUUGAGAUUGUUUCCGGUAAAAACAGAGAGGGUAGACCUGUUGUUGGAUCUCAUGAAACAUUUGUGAUGAUUGCAUCGACGAUGGAGGAAAUGGACCGCUGGAUUGGUGCCAUCAACCGCAUCAUAUAUAAGCCAUAUGGUGGAGGAAUGUUUGGAGGAGACCUGUGUGAAACCGUAAAAUUUGAAGCAAGGAAAGGAGGAGGCUUUGUCCCCAUUGUGGUUGACGUUUGUAUAGAAUAUAUUAAAAAAUAUGGACUUGAAGAAGAAGGGCUGUUCCGGCUUCCUGGAAAUGCAAAACAUAUCUCAACUCUCAAAGCUCAGUUUAAUCGAGGUGAAAGCCCUGAGUUGUCAGAUGAGAAGGACAUUCACACGGUGGCAUCAUUACUGAAACUUUACCUGCGUGAGCUCAGUGAACCUGUUAUUCCUUAUGACUUCUUUGAGGUUUUUCUCACUGCUGCAAAAUGCUAUGAGAUGUAUGAGGAGGAUGGUAUAACUUCCAUAACGAAUCAUCUUAAGCAAUUACCUCCACCUAACUUCAAUUUGCUCAAGGUGCUAAGCCGAUUCCUGUUUGAAGUUCAGCUACACUCAGCCAAGAGCAAGAUGGACAUUCGCAAUCUGGCUAUGGUUUUUGGUCCUAACAUUUUACGCUCAGGGUCUGAAGACCCACAAGUAAUGAUGGAAAGUACAGGCCAAGUUACUGCCUUGGUCAGCAUCUUCAUCAAACGCCAUCAGCUCUUCUUUCCACACACUGAUGAUGAGAAAACUUACACAAGGCAAAAUAAUACCAGCCAAGACCCCACUGCUAACCUGAUCGACCUAACCUUCGGAUCAGACUCGCCCAAGCUCUUGCGAUCAGGCAUGCAGUCUCCAUCGGGGAACUUCAACCCUCUGGACGCCAAUGAGCUUUUCCCGACCGAGGACUCUACGAGAAAUGGCGCGAACGUGGCAGACGAGGGAGAUUCGAAAAUCCAGGAGCUAGAAAGUGAAGUCGAGCUACAAGCCCGGCGGAUUAAGGACUUACAGGUGGAGCUAGAGAAACAGAGAAAAGUCCAGGAGAUGCUGCUUAUCAGGCUGUCAGACGAACAGCGAGCAAGAGUUGCUGCUGAAGAGAGACUUGAAAAGCUGAAUACAGCAAUGGACGAGUUUUGCGGGAAAUUUGGAGGAUUUUCAAUCAGUCAAUAGACAUGUUGCCUUAUGUACAAAAAACAAGAAGCAUAACGAGCUAGACAUCAAUCUGUCAGCAGUGUAUAACUAACCGUUUCUCGUUUAUAUUCUUUCCUUUCGCGUAAAAAAAAAUGAGAAAAGAGAAAAAUAAAGCUCCAUCUACACUAACAAUUUAUUUUAGUUUACAAUUUUUUAUGUGACAAUUUGUAUUUGCUAGUGUAGAUGGAGCAAAGAUGGCAAUUUUUAUGUGGCAACUAUAGUUGAUCAAAAGCUAGCAGGUUUGCUUUUUCUCAGCAAUUAAAAAUUUUCACACAUGAAAAAUUGCUAGUGUAGAUGCCAACAAAUAUAGUUGUCAACUUAAAAUUGUUAGUGUUGCACCCCCCCCCCUCCCUUCCCUUGGCGGCCAAAAAGUGGGUAUUUUUUUACUAUGCCUUUUCCAUGUGAUACCACUGCGCACCCCCCCGGCCGGUCCUGGAAAUGCGCCUGCGAAGAUUAAAAAAAAAACGCUUGGUCACUGGGUUACUUCGUUUUGUUUGUAUUAUUCUGAGGUUGUAGAUCUUACUUCCUCCACUGCUUUAGAAAGAACGGCGAAAAUUUACACGACAAAAUAAAACGAUGGAAAUUAAAAAAAGGCCAGAAAUAAAAUGCAAUGUUAAAUUCA